UGGACAACAUCAUGGUGGGACCAGUUCACAGUCUUGAUGAGGAGGGGUGUGAAAGAAAGCAAACAUGAGGUGUUCUCCCCCCUCAAGUUUGGCCAAGUAAUAGUGGUCGCUUUGCUUGCAGGUCUUUUAUGGUGGCGAUCUACCCUGGACCACAUUCAAGAUCAGAUUGGGCUCCUUUUCUUCAUCUCAGGAUUUUGGGGCACGUUCCCUGUCUUCCAGGCUAUCUUCACCUUCCCUCAAGAGCGUGCAAUGCUGACAAAAGAGAGGUCUUCAGGCAUGUACAGGCUCUCCUCUUACUUGAUGUGGAGGAUGGUUAGUGACAUGCCAAUGCUAAAAAACAGAAGAAUUCCACAUGUUGAGAAAAUUAAACAAUAACCUCCAGUGAGUAUUUUAAGACUGAUCAUGCUCUUCUUUCUAAGCUAAUGAUAUUCAUCAUAAUUUAGUUUUCUGUUUUCCUUUUUACAGGAUUGAUGGUAACU